GAUAUGUUUAUAAAACUCACAUGUCAUGUGAUGUGAGAUGUUCCUAAAGCGAUGCUAUUUAAACCAUCAUACAUGCUUAGGGUCGACAUUAGCUCCUGAUUGGUUUAUCGUUUAGUGUCAAAUCUAAGUUAGCAGCAAGAGUGUGUCUGCAAACCUCGCAUACAUAUCACACUUUGGAACCUAUUUACGACGACUAAAGUCGUCUACACGAGAAUGCAACAUUCCUAUUUCAACCAGGACGUUCCUGAUGUCGUAAUAAAGAGCUUUUUCAAAAAGUACGACGCGGACAACAGCGGCUUUCUCGACAAGAAGGAACUCUCAAGUUUACUGGAAGACGAUCUGGGCCUGACCGCUGCCCAAGUGGAGGUGUAUAUCUAUCUUUUGGAUGAAGAUGGCGACGCAAAAAUCAGUUCCGACGAAUUCUGCGCCUGGCUUCGGAGCAACGAGCGAUUUAGUAUGGUGGACAAUUCGUCGCGCUACUACAGAGUGAGCAAAGCCGUGGAGCUGUUCAAAAAGUAUGACAGGGAUGGAAGUCAAAGUAUCAGUUGUGAGGAGUUUACAAACUUGUUGACCGAAAUGGGUUACAAUGUCGAUUUUGACGCAGCAUUCGAAGCCCUCGAUGCUGACGGAAAUGGAACAAUAUCGUUUCCGGAGUUCCUAAAGUGGCUCAAUUGGGUCCCGUGAGAUUAAAAGCUGUUGUCAAUGUGACAAACAUUUUAGGGGAAAUGAUGCGUAUACGGAUAUACUUGUCAUUUGUACGCUCAGGGUUCAUAAGGUUCAUUUUUAUUUUCAUUAGCAUUAACAAAAAGUAAACAAUAAAAGCCUCUUUUACUAGAGACCAAUUGGAUACAGAAAAUUUUCAUUAAAAUGAUUUUUGUCACUUAC